GAUCGAUAUUCAAUUUCAAUUUGCAUAUUGUCGAUCCACCACUUAAGGGGAAGAUCGAGUAAAGUUGAUCUUUGGAAAUAUGGCGGCACAAGUAGAAAACGCAGCUACAGAGUUGCUAAACGAAUUCAACGAAAGUAAACCACGAGUAGGUCCUUAUAUACUUGGGAAAACUUUGGGUACUGGUUCAACAGGGAAAGUAAAGUUGGCGUUUAAUACGGAACAAAAUGAGCUGGUUGCAGUAAAAAUUGUAAGAAAGGAUUUUUUAGACUCAAAGCCCAAUCUUCGUAGAAAGGUACAGCGCGAAAUUGCCGUUAUGAAGUUGGUAGAACACCCACAUGUUUUAAGGCUCAUCGAUGUAUUUGAGACUACUAGCCAUCUUUUCCUAGUCAUAGAAUAUGCAGAAGGUGGAGAACUGUUUGAUUAUUUAGUGGAAAGAGGGAAACUAGAACCACAAGAAGCCUUGCGUUUUUUCCAACAAAUCAUCAGUGGUUUGGAUUACUGUCACAGAAGGCUUAUCUGUCAUCGCGACUUGAAGCCUGAAAACCUCCUUUUGGACAAAAACAACGAUAUUAAAAUUGCCGACUUCGGAAUGGCGUCACUUAUCCCUCCUGGUUCCCUUUUGGAAACCUCGUGUGGAUCACCACAUUAUGCUUCACCAGAAAUUGUUAUGGGUGAUAUGUAUAAUGGAUUCAAGUCCGAUGUUUGGAGUUGUGGUGUUAUUUUAUACGCAUUGCUUACUGGGAGACUACCAUUUGAUGAUGAUAAUAUCCAAAGAUUAUUGAACAAGGUACGAACAGGCCUCUAUCAUAUGCCAUCAGAGAUUCCAGAGGAAUGUCAGAAUUUAUUAAGAGCGAUGUUGACGGUUGAACCUGAAAAAAGAAUAACUGUGGAGGCUAUUCAGAGACACCCGUGGUUUCUUGCACAUGAACCUCCAAAGUAUCCUGAGGUAGAUUCUGAGGACUUGUUGAACUCUGCUACUGGUGAGUUGUAUAGCCAGGCAAUUAUAGAGCCUGAUCCUGUCAUUCUUCAAAGUCUCGUUGCGUUGGGUUGGGGAGAUGAGGAGUCACUACGUUUAGUACUUGCAUCUUCGGAACCGAGCCUGGAACGAGUCUUUUAUCGGCAGUUGGAAAUUGUGUCUUCAAGAAAGGAAGCAACAACAUCAACCGAAGCUCCAGAAGAGAAUCAAGAUGCUGCUAGUGAAGAAACAAAGGUCCCUUAUGUUGUUUCUGGGGAAAGGCAAAAUGUUCGAGUUGCACCAAGAAUACAGUCCAGUCAAGAAAAACAUCCCGAAUCUGAUAGAGAGUCUUCAGCAGAUGGCUUGCACAGACCCAUGUCUGGAAGACUGAGAAGAAAAUAUAACGUUGGUGAAGAACAUACACAGCAAGAAGAUGAGAGAGACAAGGAAGCUUCAGAAGGUCCACAACAAAGUUGGUUUCUCAACCUUCGUAGUUAUUUUCGUUUGGAUAGUUCGAGAGCAAGAAAACAUCGCGCUUCUUAAGUAUAUAAACAUAAUUAAAUAUAUAUAUAUAUAUAUAUAUAUGAGAAUUUUUCUAGUGAAAGGCCAACGCAAAUAACUAUAAACCGUGUUAUCAUUUC